AUGCUCGGGGACAAUAAGAACGACACGUGCGACGGCGAGGAUUACAUCCGGCCGGCGUCCAAGACGGAGCGCGAUCUCGAGGUGCAGCUGGUCCUGUCCUUGAUUCUGGGCAUUGGGGCCUUUAUCGCAUUCUGUAUUCUGCGCCCGCGAUGGCCGACUCUCUACGCCGCGCGCAAGAGGCGCCUUGAUCCCACGAUUGGCCUGCCGCCGCUGACCGACUCUUUUUUUGGAUGGAUCCCCAGGCUGUACAAGGUGACGGAGGAGCAGAUUCUGGCGUCGGCUGGACUCGAUGCGUUUGUGUUCUUGACCUUCUUCAAAAUGGCCACCCGCAUCUUUGCCAUCAUGACCUUCUUCGCCUUCGUCGUGCUGUGGCCAAUCAACUACAGCUACCGCAACUUCCAGCCUUUGCUGGGGGGAAACCACACGACUGGUGACGACCCCGACGACUGGGACGACCUAUAUCGGCCCAUUGGCCUGCCUUUGGGCUCUGUUGCGAUGGGCUUGGAAGACAAGAUAGAGAAAGACAAGAGCCGGGAGAGGACGUUUUUAUGGGCCUACGUCUUUUUCACGUACUUCUUUGUGGCGCUGACAAUCUACUUUAUUAAUAAAGAGACGUUUCGCAUCAUUGGGUACAGGCAAGACUACCUGGGAUCGCAGUCGACCCUCACGGACCGAACAUUUCGCCUUACGGGCGUCCCCACUGAUUUCAGAACUGAAGCGCGCAUUAGAGCCGUCAUUGAGAAGCUACGCAUUGGCACGGUCGAGACUGUGUCAAUAUGCAGAAAUUGGAAGUCGCUGGAUAAGAUCGUCGAAGAAAGACACCAGAUCCUUCAUAAGCUUGAGCUGUCCUGGGCGCGCUACCGAAAGCAGCAGCUGUAUACGGCCGCGAAUGCCCGAAAUGGCCGUACCGAUUCUCCGCGAAACAAUUCUCAUAUUAGCGAAGGCGAUGAAGAGUCUGGCGAGAAUUGGCGGCUCCUAGGCGGCGGCUCCGGCCAGGCCCACGUCUCGGAAGGCGAUCGACCCCAAGUCUCCAUCCGCUACGGAAUCUUUGGAUUGCGGAGCCGCAAGGUCGAUGCUAUUGACUACUACGAGGAGAAACUUCGAAGGAUUGACGAAAAGGUCAUUGAGGCCCGCAAGAAGGAGUACGCCACCACCGACAUGGUGCUUGUGACCAUGGACUCUGUCGCGUCAUGCCAGUUGAUCGUCCAAGCUCGAAUUGACCCCCGGCCAGGACGAUUCUUGACUAAGGCUGCGCCGUCACCCUCUGACAUUGUGUGGAAAAACACUUACGAGCCGCGUGGAGUGCGACGUAUCAAAGCAUGGACGAUUACUCUAUUCAUCACGAUUCUGACGCUUGUCUGGAUUUUCCCAACGGCGUUUCUUGCGUCUUGGCUCAGUAUAUGCACUAUCCAGAAAGUCUUGCCAUCCUUCUCCGUCUGGCUCAAGGACCACGCCAUCAUUCACUCGUUGUUUCAGAACGGUCUGCCUACAUUGGUAGUCUCGCUGCUUAACGUUGCUGUUCCCUAUCUCUACGAAUUUCUAUCAAACCGUCAAGGAAUGAUAUCCCAUGGCGAUGUGGAACUGUCGCUAAUCUCCAAGAACUUCUUCUUCACCUUCUUCAACACCUUCUUUGUCUUUGCUGUCUCAAGAACCGGUUUUGAUUUCUGGAGCGUACUUCAAGACUUUCUUAAAGACACGAGCAAGAUCCCUAGAGCGAUAGCGGCUGAUGUGGAGGACUUGUCCGUCUUCUAUAUUAAUUUCAUCAUGCUGCAAGGCAUUGGCCUGAUGCCUUUUCGAAUUCUGGAAGUUGGAAGCGUGUUUCUCUUCCCAAUCAAUCGCUUUCUGGCCCAGACACCGCGAGACUACGCCGCGCUUAAGAAGCCGCCCUUGUUUCAAUAUGGGUUUUAUCUGCCAACUUCUCUGCUCGUUUUUAACCUUUGCGUCAUAUACUCCGUUUUGAGAUGGGGCUUCGCUAUCCUGCUGUUUGGAACCCUGUAUUUCUCCAUCGGGUAUUUUACAUUCAAGCACAUGCUCCUCUACGCGAUGGACCAGCCGCAGCAUGCGACUGGAGGUGCCUGGCAGAUAAUAUGCUACCGUAUCGUCAUUGGACUAAUUGUCUUUGAGAUUGUCAUGGUCGGACAGAUUGCUUCACUCUCCGCCUUUGUACAGUCUGUGGCGAUCAUGCCUCUCAUCCCCUUUUCGAUUUGGUACAGCUACUAUUUCAAGAGGCGAUUUGUACCGUUGAUGAAGUACAUUGCUCUGCGAGCCAUCAAAUCUGAUGAGGGCUCCGAUGAAGACCAAGCUGUUGUGGAUGAUGAGGAGUCUGAUGACGCUAGCCCAAGUCGCUCACGAUCACGAGAAAUGCUGCGUAGAGGCAGUACGUUGGAUGAACUUAAGGAGAAGGGUUUGACGUUUACGAACCCAAGUCUUAUCGACCCUCUACAGCAAGCUUGGGUCUACACUGAUCCGCCUCCGAUCACAAUGACAGAUGAGGAGUCUGAGGAUGGCUCUGGAGAAGGGUCUGAAGACCAGCCGACCUUGGUGUUGCCUAACGCAGACAGCUCCUUGGGCAUUGGAGAAGAUAAUGUUUGGCUGAACGCAGCAGGACGAGACCGAAGUACAAGAUGA